GGCCCUCGAAUGGGCCACAGCGAGUCACUUGAUUACACGUAGGUUAUUUAGUUAAAUUUGUGAAAAUUAUGAGAUGCUCACCAACCCGGUGAUAAACUCGCUCCCUCGCUAUUGGCUGGCCUGGUCACAUGGCCGCCAACUUUAUUCAGUUGACAGCAAGUAGGAGGGCCCUAUGGAAGGAGAAAAAAAGACAACACGAGAAAAAUUAGUAUUUUCUACCUUCUGAAAUUAAUGGCCAUGAGUUCGUAUAUGGUGAACUCCAAGUAUGUGGACCCCAAGUUCCCUCCCUGCGAGGAAUAUUUGCAGGGCGGCUACCUAGGCGAGCAGGGAGCCGACUACUACGGCGGCGGCGCACAGGGUGCUGACUUCCAGCCCCCAGGGCUCUAUCCGCGGCCCGACUUCGGUGAGCAGACCUUCGGAGGCGGCGGCCCGGGGCCGGGCUCGGCGCUGCCCACGAGGGGUCACGCGCAAGAACCAGCAGGCCACUACGGCGCUCCGGGGGAGCCGUGCCCGGCGCCCCCUGCGCCCCCGCCCGCGCCCCUGCCAGGCGCCCGGGCCUGCAGCCAGCCGGGCGGCCCCAAGCAGCCGCCCCCAGGGACGGCACUCAAGCAGCCGGCUGUGGUCUACCCCUGGAUGAAGAAGGUGCACGUGAAUUCUGUGAACCCCAACUACACCGGCGGGGAGCCCAAGCGGUCCCGGACAGCCUACACCCGGCAGCAAGUCCUAGAACUGGAAAAGGAAUUUCAUUUUAACAGGUAUCUGACGCGGCGCCGUCGGAUUGAAAUCGCGCACACCUUGUGUCUGUCUGAGCGCCAGAUCAAGAUCUGGUUCCAGAACCGGAGGAUGAAGUGGAAAAAAGACCACAAGCUGCCCAACACCAAAGGCAGGUCCUCGUCCUCCUCGUCCUCCUGCUCCUCCUCGGCUGCCCCGGGCCAGCAUUUGCAGCCGUUGCCCAAGGACCACCACACGGACCUGACGACCUUAUAGAAGUGGGGACCCUGGGCCCAUCCCUCCCUGCGCUCCCGGCUGAGCCGAAGCUGCGGGGGCAGGCCCGGCCUGCGGUCACCGCGCUGGGCUCUAAGGUACUGUAGGGUGGACCUGGGACGUGCAGGCCGUCCUUGGACUAGGUUAGCAUCCUGCCCGAGGGCAGCCCCCUA